AUUGUUAUAAGCCGACUGAUACAUAAAAUAACGUUAGUUAAAGCAAUAUCUUGUAGAAAUAAGAUCUAUAAUGUUUAAAUAUCAUUUUGUGUUGAUUUUUGUGAUAAUCGGAAUUCACCAAAGUGUAUCCUGCAAAGUCAGUAGUGUGGAAAUACCAACUGAAAUUCGUAAUGGAGAUAACGUGCUUCUUGUUUGUAAUUAUGACAUUGGCGAUGAACCACUUUAUAAUUUGAAAUGGUUCAAAGGACCUUUGGAGUUUUAUAGAUACACCCCAGGCAACAUUCCACAUAAAAUGAUUUUUCCAUUGCCAGGAGUCACUGUUGAUGUAAACAAUAGUACUAAUUCAAAAGUAGUACUCAAAAAUGUUGAAAGUCGAACGUCAGGAAAAUAUUCAUGCGAAGUUUCAACGGACGCUCCCACUUUUGAUUUCUGUUCAGGAUACAAAGAUCUACAUGUUAAGAAUGACCAGAGCACGAAUUGCAAAAUUGAGAAUGUGACCAUGCCCGCUGUGGUUAAUGUUGGUGAUGAUGUAACUCUUGUCUGUGAAUAUGACAUUGGUGACAAUCCCCUCUACAUUGUUAAAUGGUACAAAGAUAGGUUCGAAUUCUAUAGAUACUCACCUGUGCACAAACCUGAUAAAAUGAUAUUUCCUCUAUCCGGGAUUGACGUAGACAUAAACGAAAGCUCCACGGCAAGAGUGGUGUUGAAAAACGUGUCCCAACUUGCUUCUGGAAAUUAUUCAUGUGAGGUUAUAACCGAUCUUCCAAGGUUCUAUACAUGUCAAAAAAGUGGAAAUCUGUAUGUUAAUACUAAUAGUAACACAUCUGUGGAAAACAAGAAGAAUAAGACAACAUACAUUCAUGCCAACGUACCACAUUUUGCACAAGCAGGAGGAAAUGCAGUUCUUUCGUGUAAUUAUUAUAUUGAUAACUUGAAAUUGUAUACUGUGAAAUGGUAUAAAGACAACAAAGAAUUCUUUAGAUUUACACCUUGGCGAAGACCACAAACAGAAAUAUUUCCAGUGCCAGGAGUUAAUAUAAACGUUAACAGUAUUUCAUAUUCGAGAGUGAUUUUGAGGAAUGUUGAUUUUAAAACGACUGGAAAAUACGAAUGCGAAGUAAAAUCAGACGCUCCAGAUUUUAUAGAGAUAGAAGAUUCUGGGUUUUUGAGUAUAUUGGUACCCAACGGAGAACCUAGAAUUCUCAUUGAUAAUGAUUUGGUUGCUGUGGGACAGAGAGUACAAGCAGUUUGUAUUGUUCCCGGAUCUUAUCCUCCUGCUCAAAUUAUUUGGAUUCUCAAUGGAAAUGAGGUUAAGGACUACUCUAUAGCAAAACAAUUCAACCGAACGGACCUUUCAAUACCAUCUGCAUCUUUUGUAAAUCUGAAAGUUUCUAAAGAUUGGUUUGAGCAUAGCAAGGCAAAUCUGUCUUGUGCAGCUAGUAUAGGCAAAAUUUAUCAAGCGGAUACCACAGUGAUAAUAAGAGAACUUGAGAGUGAAACAUGACGUUAAAACCAUCAAUUGAUUAUAUACUAUAUGCUACUGUACACGAUAGUAAAAAUUAUAUGAAAUUUUGAUAAAA